AUGACAACGGUGCUGCAGCCAGCCUCCUUCAGGAGGUUUGAGACUCCAGAGGGAAAUGAGGAAGGCAUCGUAACUUCGUAUGAUUUUCUAGAAUUUGUGGGACAUUUUGUAAAAGUGGCGGCCGCCCUCGCUGCGGCGACCAGCUCGAGGCAGCUUCCCGCGGACCCGAGGCAAGGCGCUGAGGUCGCGCCCAAGCAGGGCGUGCACAUCGACCCUAAAGCUGCUCGCGCCAAGUGUGGAGGGUCGAUGUCUGCAGUUAUCCUCCUGCCUUCAGCAUAUCAGAGGCUGUACAUUGUAAGUCUUUCUGGCCCUCGAACGCAGAAGCCACUCCAGCCAUGCAGGUCUCUGACGCCCCUCUUCCUUCCUCCCGCAGACCCUGGCCUCGGGGCAAGAGCUGACCAUGAAGACCCCGGGUCACCCCAAAAGGUAUCCCAACAAGAAGUGCACUGGCUGCGUCUCUCAGAUGGCGAGAACGUGGAGACCUUCUGCGGCCACGGUGAAAAGUCCUUCGUCACCCAAACCAACAAACUCAAAGCUACCUUCAGGAGCGACAAGUACGGAAGAGACAAGGGCUUUGAGUGCACUGUGAGGAGCAUCCCCAGUGGCACUGACUCAACUGAUUUUUAUACCGGAGCAAUCGUUGAUUCAACUGAACAGCUCACUACCGAACAGCCCCCAAGCAACAGCUGCCAGUGUGGCGUAGCAAACCUCCAACGCAUUGUUGCACGAAACGGCGGAGCAACCAUCAUCAACGACAAGUACGCAUUGACCGCCGCCCACUGCUUCUUCGACAAUUUCGGGAACCGCAUACCCGACGAGGGUCUCGUGGUGGGCGUGGCAGACCGCGACAUGUACUCCUCCUCUGACGACGUCUCGUGCGUCACGAGGUUGGUCAAGGUGGCCAAGGUCACCCUUCACCCCGACUACUUGCCUUCAGGCUAUGACAACGACAUUACUCUCAUGAAGCUGGCCGAGACCCUGGAUCUGUCCAAGGACAAGGAGCUGGGGGCCGUCUGCCUUCCCGCCGACGACUCCAAGACUUACGCUGGGUCCUUGGGCAACGCUACAGGAUGGGGCAGACUGCAGUACGGUGGAAGCCAGCCAGCCAAGUUGACGGAGGUCACACUGCCCAUCCUGGAGCCCAGCUGUUGGGGCAAAACAGUGACGGAAAGGAUGCUCUGCACAGCAUACAGGGAAGGAGGCAAGGAUACGUGCCAGGGAGACUCAGGCGGGCCUCUGUACGUGGUAGAAGGCGGCAAGUACUUCCAGGUAGGUUAA